AUGGCCCCAUCCGGUAGAAAUAAAACGACGCAAAACAAUGACAGCGAUCCUUCGGAACAAAAUGGUACCCAAACGCAAGAUACCAAUCAAAACGUUCAAGAGACUGGCGUUCGAAAACUGGUUUCGCUUCGACGUCAUCACGAAAUGGAGAUCAAUACUUUGAUCGACAUGCUCGAAAACAACAUCUACGAGGAAGAAGAUGAUCUUGAACUCAUCAAUGAAACGUUCACUGAAUUGUCUCAAUUCCAACAAAAACUUGAUACCCUGAACGAUCAAAUGUUACAGGCUGGUUCUGAACACGAUUUUGAAGAACAUUCUCACUGGACAGUACAGUUGAAACAGAAAAUCCGAGUAUUUUCAAUGAAAGUGAAAAAAUAUUUGAAAAAACAAGUAUCGAAUCCUGCUACUUCUACAAUUCCAAAUAACAGCGCUCAAGAAAAUGCUACUUCAAUUUUCCCACAGGAAACCGCAACCUCCAUGCCGACUGCAAACGUAAUGGAUAUACCAAACAACAACCUUAUAACCAUGAGCAACAAUACUCAAGGCAAUGCAAGAACAGCUGCCUCUGACGACAACCUUUCGGCGCCAUUUCAAGGCGACCAAUCAUUUUCAAAUCCAUUUGCUAGUGAUGUUCCUAACCACAGCUCACAACAAGCUAGUGCUGCAAACCCUCCUAACAACAACAAUCGAGCUUUGGCAACUAAUUCAAGCGACACUUCUACUACAUUCAGUCGAUCAGUGCCAAAACUGAAGCCUACAAUUUUCAAUGGCAAUCCCAACUAUUGGUUGCACUGGUAUGGUGUAUUCGUAUCAUCGAUUCAUAAUUCUAAUAUGUCUCCAACUGAAAAGAUGAUCCAUCUUCAAUCAUUGGUAACUGGCCCAGCUAAACUAAUGAUAGCUGGUUAUGGUGCAAACGGCGACACAUACGAACUAGCACUACAACGUCUUCGUGAAAACUUUGGCAAUACCAAUAGAAUUGUCAACUCUUUUUUGCAACGUCUUGCAAAUUUCAAACCUCCAAAUCUGGCUCAACCAGAAUCAUACAUGCAGUUUUCUGCUUUUCUCCUAACUUUAGUGGACACUUUUGAGCAACUUGGUUUUGUUCACGAUAUUUGUUCUACAACAAACUUGAACACUGCUCUGGCAAAGCUUCCCGACCCUGUGAGAUUAGAAUGGAAUCGCUUCGUCAUCGACAAAGACUACGAUCAACCCUCCUUGAGACAUCUAGCACAAUGGUUUCAACGGUACGCACAGGCGUGUCGCGACAUGCCUCCGACAGGUUUCCGAAACCAAAACAAUAACAAUUUUAACAAUUCUUCUGGAAACGCUAAACACCCUAGUGGUUCCCGUUUCAAUGGUUUUACUACAAAUGGUGUAGGAAAUCAAAAUCAGCGCUUUAACCAUCAGGGAGAUCAACAAAACUCUCGUGCUCAGAAUAAUGUAAACUCGAAUGCUUGUCCUAGUGGAGACACCUGUGGACCUCUCUACAAAUGCGAGCACUUCAAAGCUUUAGACCCUAAGCAACGAAAAGAGCAUGCCCGAAAAAUGCACUUAUGCUUUAACUGUCUAGGGAAUCAUAGGUUUACUGACUGCAAUUCGAAAUCGCUCUGUCGAACCGAUAAUUGUGGUAAAAAACACCACACUCUACUCCACGAUCCUUCUGAUAAUUAUGGAAAAAACCCUAGUAAAGCUGCAGUGAAUCGCGCAAUAGCUUGUCAGAGAUCAGGUCAAUCAGCUUUUGUACCAAUCGAAUUAUCAAAUGGUGAUAAAACACUUUGUACCUACGCUUUCUUAGAUAGUGGUAGCUGCGUAACUCUACUACUGGACUCAGUGGCAACUCAACUAGGCUUGGACGUCAACAAGAAGCACUCACUUCCCAUAUCUGGAUAUCAUGAGACCAAGUCAGUUCAAGUUACAUCUGUGGAUGUACAAAUUAGAGCAUACAAAAGCACAUCGACUCCAAUGACGCUCGAUGACGUACUCACGGUAGAUGAAAAUAAUUUGGCCCCAGUUGAUAUUUUUCAACUAAACGCAAUGUGCAACAAUUUUCCACAUUUAAAGCAUGUUAAAUACCCGGACUUAAACGACAAUAGCAUAUCGCUAGUCAUCGGAAACAACAAUCCAGAAUAUCAUGAGAUCAAAAAUACCGUUUAUGGCCCCAAGAAUGUUCCCUGGGCUAUCGAAACCCUUUUGGGAUGGACAUGCACAGGUCGGAACAAAACGCAAUAUAAUUCCGUUCCAUCUGUUCCGGUGAACUUCACACAAGUUCAUUCACACAAUAACUUAGAUGAAAAAUUAUACCAGAAAGUUCUCAACUGGAUGAAAAUAGAAAACACAGGCAUCGCUUCUUCAAAACGCUCGCACUCCAAAUCGGCUAAAAGAGCAAUCGAUAUUCUCGAAAACUCUUGUACUUUAGUAGAUGGUCACUAUCAAAUUGACCUUCUUUGGAAAGAGGAUACUGAUCUUCCAAAUAACCGUUGGCUAGCUGAAAAGCAACUCAACAGCCUCGAAUUUCGCCUUAAAAGUAAACCUGAUUUAAGGGAGAAAUACCGCGCAACAGUCAUCACUGACUUAGAAAAGGGCUUUGUCACCAAAAUAGAUGCAAAACAUGACACUGCAAUCAAAUCUUGGUAUUUGCCGCAUCAUCCAGUGACAAAUGUCAACAAACCAGACAAAGUUAGACGAGUCUCAAAUGCUUCCAGCAUUUUUCAGGGUAAAUCCCUCAACUCGAGUUUGCUCAAAGGGCCCGAUCUUUUGUGCAACUUAACAGGUCUCAUAAUUCGCUUUCGACAAAAUAAAAUAGCAAUAUCUGCUGACAUAGAUGCUAUGUUUAUGCAAGUGCUAGUCAGCCCAAAGGAUAGACCUUUUCUAAGAUACCUUUGGAAAGAAAAUGGUAAAUUAGAAACUCACGAAUAUACACGACACAUUUUCGGUGCCACAGACUCACCAUGCGUGGCUUGCUACGCAGUACGACGAUGUGCAUCAGACAGUAAAAACGACUUUCCUCUGGCUUCUGAAAUCAUUCAACGGAAUAUCUACAUGGAUUAUUUGUAUGUCAUUUCGUCAACGGUAGAAGAAGCCCUCCAACAAAUGACACAACUACGAGGAUCUUUAUCUCGAGGUGGGUUCAACUUGAAUAAGUGGAACUCAAACAGUAAACCAUUCCUGGAUUCAAUUGAUCCAAAUAUUUUAGUCAGCCCUAAUGAUCCAACGCCUAAACAUCAACGAGUUCUCGGUGUUCACUGGAAUACCAACACUGACUGCUACUUCAUCGAUAACAAAAAGUUUGUAAAAAUUCUACGUAUUGGCAUUGCUACGCAACGGAAACUCCUGAAGUAUACCGCUUCUUUAUUUGACCCACUCGGAAUAGUGGCUCCAUUGACAAUUCGGAUUCGAAAAGUUCUCCAAUCUGUUUGGUCACAAGGUGUUAAGUGGGAUACUCCAUUAGACACGGAUAAACUUCCCGAUUUCAAACUUUGGGUAGACGAAAUGGAAAAUUUCGAAACUGUUUCAUUCCAAAGGAACUUCUUUGAUAAAGAAAACCCUGCUUCAAUCCAGCUUCACACGUUUUGUGAUGCAUCAGAAUUCGCUCUCGCUGCUGUUUGCUACCUAAGAAUAGUCUACAGCGACGGCUCCACAUCUUUGAAGUUUAUAAUAGGAAAGACAAGAGUCGCUCCUAUGAAACGUGUUACAAUUCCCAAUCUCGAGUUGCAAGCUGCAGUAUAUGCUGCCCAACUAUCGCUCUUUGUUUCCGAGGAAAUUGACCUCAAAGUUGAAAAAACUUAUUUCUGGUCUGACAGUACUACUGUUUUGUAUUGGCUGCGAACACCUGAAAUACGACACAAAAUUUUCGUCGCUAAUCGGCUUCAGAAAAUUUUAGACGUUUCUAAACCUGAACAGUGGUUUCACGUUCCAACUCUGCUAAAUCCUGCUGACGACGGUACCAGAGGAUACAUUGCUUUAGAAAUGACCUCAAGCUGUCGGUGGCUACUAGGACCGGAAUUUCUGUUGAACGAUUCUUCUCAAUGGCCUUCACAGGAAAACAUUCGGCUUGAGAACAUCCCUGUAUUCGUUACUUCAUUAGAGUCUAAAUUUGAGCCUAUAUUUGACAUCAAACGCUUCAGCAACUGGAAAAGACUAAUACGGACAGUUGCAUACUGCUUCUUAUUCGCAGAAAAUCUCAAACGGAAGAUCAACAAACAGUCGAAGGUCGAUCUUCAAUUCUUGCAUCUAACGAAAUCGCACUUUCUCAUAAUUAAAACUGCCCAAAGGACAGAUUUUGUCUCUGAAAUUUCAGACAUCAAAAAAGAAAAACCAAUUGAAGGCAAAAGUAGACUUCGAACAUUAGCACCGUUUGUGGACAACUUCGGUAUCCUGCGUUCUCGUGGACGUCUCACGCGUGCCCCUAUCAUGCUAUCAGCUAGAUAUCCAAUCAUUCUCGCUGGUGAAAACCCCAAUGUUCGCCUGCUGUUAGCUAACAUCCAUGUUCUACAUUCCCACUGCGGAAAGGAACAAGCAAUUGCCAUAGCACAGGAAAACUACUGGAUUCUUCGCUGCCGCGUCAUGCUGAAAAGUAUCAUACACAGUUGUAUACCCUGCAGAAGAAUGCAACAACAAGUCGACUACCCUCAGAUGUCAGAUCUUCCAAUUGAUCGACUGCCAUCAAAAAAUCAUUUUCCUUUUGCAACGACUGGAUUGGACUACGUUGGACCUUUUCCCAUCAUCCUUCAAGGAAAACAAUACCAAGCGUAUAUUUUACUGUUCACAUGCUUAGUGAUCAGAGCUGUGCAUCUUGAAAUCUCAUUAGGACUAUCGACAGACAGCACUCUUCUUUGUAUCAGACGCUUUUUUGCCCGGCGAGGAAAACCAUCGAAAAUGGUUUCUGAUUGUGGGACAAGUUUUGUGGGCUCCAAUUCUGAGCUGAAGAAAUGUCUAGACAACUUGGAAAAGAACAAAGAAUUUGUGGAAAGCAUCAAUCAGCUGAACGUAUCACUCGAAUGGAAAUUCAACCGUCCUGCGGCCCCUCAUUUUGGUGGUUCUUGGGAACGACUAGUUCAGAUAUUUAAACUUUCCCUGUACAAAGUCAUCGGAUCAAGAACACUCUCCUAUGAAACACUGGCUACUUUCACGACCGAAAUUGAAUCAACCAUGAAUUCACGACCUUUAACCAAUGUGUCUGACGACAUCAAAGAUGAUCUGCCUCUCACUCCCAACCAUUUCCUUCUUGGUCGUGGAACUCCAAAUUUACCGCCUGGUAUCUUCAAGGACAAGGAUUUAUCUCUGUCAAAAUCAUGGAAAGCAUCCCAACUACUCGCAGAUCACUUCUGGAAUCGCUUUCUUCGAGAGUACUUACCAGGUCAGCAGAAACGAUCAAAGUGGACUUCUGCGACUUCCAAUUUGCAACCCGACGACAUGGUCUGGAUGUUGGAGGAUUUUACACCUCGUGGACUGUGGCCUCUUGCUAAAGUGGUGGAAACCUUUCCUGGACAAGAUGGAAUAGUCCGCUCAGUGAAGCUGAAAACGCCAACUGGAUUCAAAGUUCGACCUGUGGUCAAAUUGAGCCGCGUUUUCCCAGUUUCGCAGUAA